AUGUUAAAUUUUCAGGAAAAUAUAGGACCUGGUGAUGUGACUAGUACAUUUUGUGGUACACCCAACUAUAUUGCCCCAGAGAUUUUAAGAGGGGAAGACUACGGAUUCAGUGUGGAUUGGUGGGCACUUGGUGUGUUGAUGUAUGAAAUGAUGGCCGGUAGAUCGCCGUUUGACGUGGUCGGUAUGGCUGGAGAUGCCGAGCAGAACACUGAGGAUUACCUCUUCCAAAUUAUCCUCGAAAAACAAAUCCGUAUACCAAGAUCUUUAUCAGUGAAGGCCGCCACCAUAUUGAAAGGCUUCCUGAAUAAGGAUCCAAGUGAACGGUUAGGUUGUAAUGAAGAUAUCUAUGAGGCACUCGAUGAAAUGAAGGCGCACACAUUUUUCCGCAAUAGUAUCGAUUGGGAAUCGGUGAGCAUUUUUAAUNUCCAUCUCAAACCUGAAUUUUUGAUCUCUGAAUUCAAAUCUGAUUCGUUACAGCUGGAGGCACGUCAAGUUGCUCCACCGUACAACCCUUCGAUAGAAAAUGAUCGUGAUUUGCAACAUUUUGAUACGACUUUCACCGAUGAAGCACCAACGUUGACUCCGGAUGAUCCGUAA